UAGUUCUGUAGCUCAUAAUCCUCAAGUAGUCUUUUAUAUUAUUUCCCUCCCUAAACAUUCCAUUCUUUCUCGGCACUCUGGUUUAAAACCCUCCUAAUUCCACCAUCAAACACAUAAUCCAACGUAUAAUCUUCUUCUUCUCCUCCGUCACCUCCAUACCUUCUAAACCCCCAUUUUCCCUCCUCUCAGAUCCAAUUCCAUGGCUUUCCUCCUCCUCCUCCUCCUCUCCUCCCUUCCCUCCUCCCUCUCCUCCCACCCCUCCGUCUCUGCCACGCCCAAACUCCUCACCAAAUCCAACAACACCGUCCACAUCGAGUGGUCCGGCGUCCCCUCCCCCUCGCCCCUCGACUGGCUCGGCAUCUACUCCCCCCCGGACUCCCCCGACGACCACUUCAUCGGUUACCUCUUCCUCAACUCCUCCCCCUCCUGGCCCUCCGGCGCCGGGGCCAUCCACCUCCCCCUCUCCAACCUCCGCUCCAACUACUCCUUCCGCAUCUUCCGCUGGACCGCCGACGAGGUCAACUACCGCCACCACGACCACGAUCACAACCCCCUCCCCGGGACCCGCCACCGGCUCGCCGUCUCCGGCGAGGUCGGCUUCGAGAGGGCGGCCGGGCCGGACCAGAUCCACCUCUCCUUCACGGAUGCCGAGGAUGAGAUGCGGGUGAUGUUUGUGAGCGGGGAUGGGGUGGAGAGUUUUGUGAGGUAUGGGUUGGAGGAAGGGAGGUUGGAUCGGUUGGUGGGAUCGGAGGUGAGGAGGUACGAGAGGAAGGAUAUGUGUGAUUCGCCGGCGAAUUCCAGCCUCGGGUGGAGGGAUCCGGGGUUUAUACAUGAUGGGGUGAUGAAGAAUUUGAAGAAGGGGAAGAAAUAUUACUAUAAGGUUGGUAGCGAUGCAAGAGGCUGGAGUGAUAUACGUAGCUUUAUAUCUCGUGACAGUGGAUCAAAUGAGACUAUUGCCUUUUUGUUUGGGGACAUGGGAACUUAUACUCCGUAUGCCACUUUCUAUCGCGUACAGGAGGAGAGCAAAUCAACGGUCAAGUGGAUCCUCCGCGACAUCGAAGCCCUCGGUGACAAGCCUGCAUUUGUUUCACACAUCGGGGACAUCAGCUAUGCAAGGGGAUUCUCAUGGAUAUGGGAUGAGUUCUUCAAUCAGAUAGAGCCCAUUGCUUCUAGGGUCCCAUACCAUGUGUGCAUAGGCAACCAUGAAUAUGACUGGCCGUUGCAACCUUGGAGACCAGGAUGGUCUUAUGGUGCUUAUGGAACGGAUGGGGGAGGUGAAUGUGGAGUUCCAUACAGCCUCAAAUUCAAAAUGCCUGGGAACUCUUCUCUACCGACUGGAACAGGAGCUCCCCACACUCAGAACCUCUACUAUUCCUUCGAUGCCGGUGUCGUACAUUUCCUCUACAUAUCAACUGAAACCAACUUCCUCAAGGGCAGUGACCAGUAUAAUUUUAUCAAAGCUGAUCUGGAGAGUGUUGAUAGAAACAAAACACCCUUCGUUGUGGUCCAAGGCCACCGCCCCAUGUACACCACAAGUAAUGAAGUAAGAGAUGCUCCAAUGAGAGAGAGAAUGCUGGAGCAUUUGGAACCACUUCUGGUGCAGAACAAUGUGACCCUUGCUCUCUGGGGUCAUGUUCAUAGGUAUGAGAGGUUCUGUCCGUUGAAAAACUUUAGUUGUGUGGAUACAGCCUCUGAAUUGAAAGCUGGUGGUGCACCUGUGCAUGUGGUGAUCGGAAUGGCAGGUCAGGAUUGGCAGUCAAUCUGGGAGCCAAGGUCUACACAUCCAGAUCUUCCGAUAUUCCCGCAACCCGAAAGGUCCAUGUACCGGGGUGGCGAGUUUGGCUAUACAAGGAUUGUUGCUACAAGGGAAAAACUAACCCUUACAUAUAUCGGAAAUCAUGAUGGGCAAAUGCAUGACAUGGUGGAGAUUCAAUCUUGUCAUACCUUUCAAGAUAAUGGUGGUAAGGUGUUUGUUGAGCCUACACUUUUAUGGUACGUGGAGGGAGCAAUUGUGCUUAUGCUAGGGGUCUUUAUGGGUUAUGCUCUUGGGUAUCUGACCCGGUGCAGGAGGGAUGCAGUGCAGCGUGCCACAUGGACUCCAGUGAAGAGCGAGGAAACCUAAGCGAAUGAUUUAUGAUGCAUCCAUGGAAAUGCCAAGUAAGACCUUAGUUGCAAGUCAUUUAUGAAUGCAUCUGAUCACUCAUGCCCUAGCAACAUGCAUGGAUCUUCACCUCUGUGAUGUGGUGUUAGACUAUGCUGAAAGCUGUGUAGAAUGUAUAAGCCACCUUAUAUUUGCAUUGCCUAAUCAUAGUGAUUGGGAUUGUAUGUUAAAUGAUAUUGAUUUGUACAUUUAAUCAUAAACAAAAGUGAGGUGAUCAAGUUUCUGGAAUCGCACGAAGUUAAAAGUUUGUUCAUGGAGAGUUUGAAUCA